AAACAGCAUCAGUUACAAAUACAAUAAUAACAAUUAAAGAACUUCAGACACUUGGGAACAUGUUUCUUUACAUGGCGUACCUGUUGCUAACGGUUGUUACCUUUCUCUUAAUGGCAACCAACGGACUUUCCGAUCCACUAACCGAACACAAAGAAUGCAAGAGCCUCGACAUUCGCACCGAAUGCAAAAAAAUGCAUCUACUGGACAACUGUACAGCAAUCACCGGCUCUUUGAUGAUCACACUAUUUCCUAAAAGCCCGGAAUGUAACUUCUCCUUGUAUUCAUUUCCAAAACUACGCGAAAUCACCGGCUUUGUGAUAUUUACCGAAGUGCUCGGCCUGAGGAGCAUCCGGAAUAUGUUCCCCAAUUUAACGGUAAUCCGCGGUCGUCAACUUUUUCUUAACUAUGCAUUAGGCGUGACCACCAUGGACGACCUUGAACUGCUGGAAUUCCCAUCCCUAGUGGCUAUUCAACGGGGUCAUGUCUACAUUAGCGACAACCAAAAGCUCUGCCAGUUAAAUGGGAUCAAUGCAGAUAGACUCACUUUGAGUACUGGGGAGAAUCAUAUUGUAAUGGGAUCCAAAAAUUGUACACAAAGCGACAAUUGCAAAGGCUGCGAUUCAAACUUUUGUUGGUCGAAUUUAACAUGUCAACGAUUUGAAAACGAUAACUUGGCCCAUUUUGACCGAAACUCGGAAAACUGCCACGAGGAGUGCCUGGGAGGCUGCUACAAUGCCACGGCUGCUGGCUGUGUGGUCUGUCGAGGACUAACCAAUGCCGGAGAGUGUGUAAAGCAAUGUCCGGCGGACAAGUAUUUGCUGGAGCAAUAUCAGCGGUGUUACACUCGGGAUGAGUGUCUCGCUCAUCCUGGACACUUUACCUUUGGCUUUGACUGUGUGACAUUCUGUCCAGGUGGAUACAAACCUAAUACGGAGAUGGAAUGUGUGAAAUGUGAUCCGCAGGAUCCGUGCAUCAGUGUUUGCUCGCCUGAAUAUGAUGACAAAUACGUGAGGAUCUUCAAUUUGGCAGAUGCCGAUAAGUUGCGUGGUUGUCAGAUUAUCAAUGGCAGCCUCAUCAUCAAGAUUCGCAGUCAAGUUGAUGAAUUGCAGCUGGAGCAGAGUCUGAGAAGCUUACGAGAAAUACGUGGACAUCUCAAAAUCUCUCGCUCCUCGCAGUUGAUCAGUCUUAGGUUUCUAAGGAACUUGAGGCGCAUUCACGGCAAUCCUCUAGAGAAUCGUCACUAUGCUUUCGUACUCUACGACAACAAGCAGCUGACGGAGCUGUGGGAGCCAACAAAGCAGCUGGAAUUUGAAACUGGUGGCAUGUUUAUGCACCGCAACAACAAGUUGUGCAACAAGCACAUGCGGGACUUUCAGGAUCGUGUAAGACACGACAAGGUGUUGGAUUCGCUGCAAACCAGUGACCAGGAGGUGCUCUGUGGUCCCGCCAAGCUGCAGCUGCGCGUGCAGGCGCGCUCCCAUCGCACCAUGAUGCUGAGCUGGCCAAAGGAACAGACGAGCGUGGAGCUGGAGCUAAUUUACAGGAUGGUGCCGUUUGGAGAGACUCAGGUCACGGAAACUGAUUUGGAGGCUCCCAUUUGUACUCGUAUUAAUUGGCAGCGACUGUUGCUCUUUGUGGAUGAUCUGCGAGAGAAUGGCACACACUACAGCUAUCAGUUGGAGCAACUGCAUCCAAAUACACGCUAUGCCUGCCUGCUGCGCACCUUUGGCGGUGACCUGCAGCACGAGGCACGCAGCGAACUGAUCUACGUGCAGACACAGCGCGACAUUCCAAAGUCACCACUGCUGGCUGUGACCAAGAAGACGGACACUUCGCUCAGCCUGAGCAUAGGUGCCCAGGACCAGGAGUAUUUCGUGUUGAACGUUUUCGAGCUGCCCGAUGAUGAGGCAUAUAUGGAUGAGCGUAACUUUUGCAAGCAACCUCCAUUCUUGUGGCAGGACAUGGAUGCGAUGCGUUGGCGCUCGAUACAGGAAUACGACUACGAUGAUUGCUGUGCCCAUCAGGAGGAGUUGGCGGAUGAUCAGCAUUUCAUUGAUGAAAUGAGUACCAUGUAUCGCUGUAGUUUGGAUGCGCCCGAGAAUUGUGCAACACUCGGAGCAAAGCAACUGCAACUUGCGGCUAAUACAACAACGUAUGAUCUGCGGAAUCUGGAACGAUAUCGUCUGUACUCGCUGCAACUGCAGGCCUGCAACAAAUUCGGUUGCAGCAGCGUCACAACGUUGAACGAACGCACGAAUUUCACUUUGGGUGCGGAUUCACUCACUGAGCUGACCGCCUGCCGGGUGCCCAAGACAACGGAGUACAUCAUGCGUUUCCCAGAGCCAUCAAAGCCGAAUGGCCUCGUUGUCAACUAUGUGCUGCACUAUCGCAACAAUGUGUCGAAUGAGGUGGUCGAAACCCAUUUAAGUUGCCUAACACGACGGGAUCAUGCAGAUGCGAAAUUCGUGCAUGUGAAUAACUUGAAUGGCACCUAUAACGAGGGUGCGGUUCGAGUGCAUUCCCUGGCCGGCGAUGUCAUAACACCAUUUGUGGCCAUCACCUGGUGCGACUUGGUUAAAUAAAAUAAUCCGGAGAAGAACUAUUGUAUCUUUACAACAAUUUACAAAGAACCUGCAAUUCGUUUUUUUACUUUAUAUCAUAAAAAAUGCAUAUUACAUAAUUAUAAAAUUUACGUAAUACAUAAUGAUUUACAUAAUGA